GUGGUGGCAGGCAGGGUCGUGGUGGCUGCUUUCGUCGUUUGCUUCCCGUGGCCCCGUCCGCAUCGGUGCCCGGAGCCCCGGGAGGCCGCUGGCCGGGCGCUGAGGACCCGCCCGGGGCGGGGGAGGGAGGGCGGGCGGCGCGGGGCCUUCCCGCCCGCUCCGCGCCUCAGCACAGGGCGGGCCUGGGGGCAUUUCCACUCCCCGCGCGCGGCUACCGCGGGUGUUUUCUGGAGGGUCCCGCCGGGGGGAGCCUGGGCCCGGGGACCGUGGUUCCCUUCGGGCCUCUCGCGAGGCGGAGCAGGAGUCCCGAUCUCCGGGCAGCCGCCCCGGUGCCGGUCGCAGCGGGCACAGGGAGCUUCGGCCGCUGGGCGGGGAAUUCACCGGUUUGUGUCCGUUUGGCAGGAAACCAGCGUAGGGCCGUGGUGAGAGGAAAGCUCGGCCUCGGAAAGGCAGCAGCGUCCCCGCUCUUUUGGCUCAACUCAAUAAAAUCCCUCAACUCUGCGUCUGAAUCACCCAAAAGUUCAGCAGCGACGGCAGGAAAACCCGAACCGCUCGCGCUCGUCAUUUCUGAAGCGAGGGGCGCGGGAGGGGGCCGGGGGUUACAGAUCCUCGGCGGGGUUUGGCAGGUCCCGCUCAUCGCAAGCCGCGGGGGGAGCGGCUGGGCUCUGCGUGUUGCUCAGAAAUGGGGCGCCCCGAGAGCGUGGGGGGUUCCCCUCCAGCGCCCGUCCCUGGCUUCCGUCAGCGUGACGUGCUGGGCGCUGGCUGCCCCAGGGAACUUGGGGAGAGCGGUUCUGGGCCAUGGAAGUGGAACGUUAAUGAGACACCCGCCUGCUGCUGCCCGUCCUUCCCGGUGUCCGCUUUCUCUCUGAGCGGGCAACGCGGGAUGGCCAUGGCGCUCUGCGCGCAGGCUCUGGAGAUACAGCCAGAAUUUUUCGUUCACAUGGCAGCAGCAAACUCCACUCCGCCUGGCUCUUUGGAUCUAAACCAGCCUGGAUUUGCAAAGGAGAUCCUAGGAACUAAACUGGAGGUCAAAUACCUCUGCUCCGAUUGCAAGAAUAUAUUGAGGAGGCCAUUUCAAGCCCAGUGCGGACAUCGCUACUGUUCCUAUUGUCUGAAGAAAAUUAUAAGUGCUGGACCUCAGAAGUGUGCCAGCUGUAUUCAGGAAGGAAUAUAUGAAGAAGGAAUUUCUAUUUUGGAAACAAGCUCAGCUUUCCCAGACAACGCAGCUCGUCGGGAGGUGGAAAGUCUGCCUGCUGUCUGUAUUAACGCUGGCUGCACUUGGAAGGGGACUAUUAAAGAGUACGAGGCUCAUGACGAAGUCUGCCCUGAAUUUCCACUGACUUGCGAGGGCUGCGGGAAGAAGAUUCCGAGGGAGAAGUUUCGGGACCAUGUGAAGACCUGUGGCAGAUCUAAAGUGCCUUGCAGAUUUGAGGUUGUCGGAUGUGCUGAGGUGGUGGAAAACGAAAAGCUACCAGAACACGAAAGCAAGUGUUUGGCGGAGCAUCUCUACAUGCUGCUGAGUUUUGUGCUCAGCCUCAAGGCUGGGCCUGGGGACCUCAAGCCCCUUCCUGCCCUUUCCUCGUCACAAAACAACUCCCCGCUACUGGCUGCAAACUCUCUGUGCUCAGAGUCAGAGCUCUCCAGGUCCCUGGAGCUCCUGGGAAGAUGUGAGGCCCUUGAGAGGAAAACGGUGACCUUUGAGAACAUUGUCUGCGUGCUCAAUCGGGAGGUGGAAAGAGUGUCUCUAACGGCCGAAGCCUACAGUCGGCAACAUCAACUAGACCAGGAGAAAAUCGAAACGCUGAGUAACAAGGUCCGGCAGCUGGAAAGGAGCAUUGGGCUCAAAGAUCUGGCCAUGGCCGAGAUGGAGGAAAAGAUCCGCAACAUGGAAGCUUCCACCUACGAUGGUGUUUUCAUCUGGAAGAUAACAGAAUUUGCCAGGAAGCGUCAGGAGGCGAUAACAGGCCGCUCUCCUGCGAUCUUCUCUCCAGCUUUCUACACGAGCAAGUAUGGCUACAAGAUGUGUCUGCGCAUCUACCUGAACGGGGAUGGCACCGGGCGUGGGACCCACCUGUCCCUGUUCUUUGUGGUGAUGAAAGGACCCAACGACGCACUUCUGCGGUGGCCCUUCAACCAGAAGGUAACCCUGAUGCUCCUGGAUCAGAACAACCGGGAGCACAUCAUUGAUGCCUUCCGACCUGAUGUGACAUCCUCCUCCUUCCAGCGACCCAUCACAGAGAUGAACAUUGCCAGCGGCUGCCCACUGUUCUGCCCCGUCUCCGUGAUGGAAGCCAAGAACUCCUACGUGCGUGAUGACGCCAUCUUUAUUAAAGCCAUCGUCGAUCUCACGGGCCUCUAACCCUCCUCACCUCCGGGAGCAGUGAACGCAGAGCCGGCCCCGAGCGGGGCAUCCCCCUCUUGUGCUGCACCUCAGGCAGGUCUCGGAGUAAGGAGGGGGCGAAAAGCAGAAGGGGAGGAGCCCUUCCCAAAAAGAGACCUUCGCUCUGAGCGGAAACGAGGUGUCUGAUGGGAACCCUCUUCCCUGGUGUCAGAGAGACCUUCCCUGAGAAGAGGUUUGGGUGGACGUUCACAGUCUGCGGGGUACAGGAAGAUCUGCAGGGACUUGGGUGUCUGAACUGCCGUUGUCUGGGUCCCACUGGAAACCAGCGCAGCUCUUGCUCUACCAGUUUAGUGCACAUCAGUGCUCUGUAGUAAAACAAGGGUUUGGCCCGCCCGAGCACCACCUUGCGUGGAUGUUUGGCUUGGCCGUUUAGGAUUUUCUCCAGAGAUCUCUGAGUUCCUAGAAGUUUUGUGGCUGCCAGGGUGCCGUUGCUCUGUGCUGCUGGCUGGUCUGUGCCUCAGCGAAUGGGAAGGAUGUGUGGCAGACGGCGCAAGCCGGGCGAGAGAGGUGUGAACUGUUUUGCCGAUGUUCUGAUGCCGUCGGUGUCUACAGAGAGGGAUGCUGAGCUGAGCCGCGCAGUGGUGCCCUGCAUCUGGCCCUUGCUGUGUGUUCGAUGGGUGGUUUGUGCUCAGCAGUGUGCUGGGAAUGCGGGACGGGGCAGGCAGUGCCUGCUGCCUGGGAGGGAGCAGGGGCAGCGCCGGGGCUGCCCGCAGUGAGCGAAGUGAAUCUCCCCUGGAGACUGCCCGUCCUGUCCCAAGGGAGGAGUGUGACGGCUCAGCGCAGGACUUCAGCCCCUUGAACCCUGAGAGCCCGGGUGGGCCACUCUCUGCCUGCCUGCAGUGGUGGGCAGCAUGGUGGCAGUGCUGAAAUCUCUCUUUGCUCACACACGGAUACUCCUGACCUGGCGUUCGGCCCCAUUGCGGGGCAGCAGCAGCAGCACCGCACCAGCCUUCCUCAGGCGCUCUCCAGCUGCCGAGCAUGUACGGCUGCAGCUCUGCUGACGUCUGCGCCUGCACUACUGCUGUCCAUGUGCACGGGCGCUCUCACCCCCACACUGCCGCACUGACAGACGCGAUGUGUCUCUUGUCCUCCUGCGUGGGGGGUGGCUGCUGGCCAGCCCCUGCCCCCCCCCCCCAGGGCCUGCCUUGCGGCAGCCUUCCCCUGCACCUCCCUCGGCCCUGGGAGCACUGUGCCUGCCGGUUCCCAGUCAUCGCACACUGGAGCGCUCGCUCUGCUUGGCCCCUCGUUGAGCUUGCAGCCACCUGGGUAGGACCUGGGGUGGCUGGAGAAGUCCUGAGUGAAGCUUAUGCUGUCCCCUUGCUGUCCCCUUGCUGUCCCUGGGCUCCUGGCUCUGCUCCCUUCCAGGCAGCAAGUGUUCAGUGCCUGAGAGAAGGUCUGUGUUUGUGGAGAAGAAACUGCUGCGGCAUCCCUGUGUCAUGGCUGGCUGGUCCCUCUGCUGUGUUGUGCCCAUGAAUAGCUCUGGACGGGCAGUUUGCCAGGCUGGACUCUCAAGGCUUUGCUGCCUUCUCUGCUUGUGCUAUCCGCACCCGUGUCAGCGUCCGAAGGUGCCCCAGGAGAUGUUUUGUUGGUCACAGGAGCCAGCUGCUGACCCCACCUUGCAGUAAUAGUCUAGGCCCCUUCCAGCUCCCACGCUGCUCCAGCACAGCCACUGUGGCGGGGCCCGGGCUGCCAUCAGUGAGAGGAGCUGUGCCGGCGCUGGCUGUCCCCCCACUCACUGCCCUAACCCACUGCUGCCUGGGUGUUUUGGGGUGUCCCUGCUGCUGCCCAGGGCGCUCAGGGGGUUGCUGGUGCCCAAGGUCCUUCUGCAGGGGGGUGUGGUGGGUGGGUGGGUGGUGGUGAGUUGGGCCCUGACCCAAGCUGAACCUCCUGCACCCAAGGGUGCUGCACUGGCCAAGGGACUCUUCCUGCCUGUGGACAGGUGCAGGGACAACUUUUGAGCCACCCUUUGAAGUCUCCAUGUGGAACUUAUCGUACCAGUUGGGGACAGGGACAGGCUCUGCUGUUUGCACAGAAGCAGGGAGAUGGGGGCCUGCGCCAGCGUGGCUGGGGGUCACCUGCAGCAGGGCCGGGGGGGGUUGGGAUACCUCCUGGCAUGGCUGUGUGGCUGCAGUGCAGGCAGGCCCUGGCCGUUCCUUCCCCAGGCAGAGGGUCAGUGGGUCUGUGUCGGCCUGGAGCUGCCCCUCGCAGAGCGGGGCUGGAAGCUGCCUGCACCCUGCCUGCUGCCGCUGCCUGGGGCCCUCGGCUCUCCUUGGGGGUGCAGUGGGGCAGGACCCUUCUCUUGUGCAAGCCCCCUUCCAGCCCGGCCCGAGGGACGGUGCCAGCCCUGGGUUGUCUCCCUCACCCUGUUGCCUUAGAGGAAAAAAAAAAAAAACCCGCCCGACAAAGCCCCAGCCCUGCUCCCUCCUGGAGCAGCUUGGCCUGGGGGAGGCUCCCAGCCCCGCAGAGGUGGGGAGGGGGGAGGAAGAAUCAUCUCUGCUCUCUUAGUGGUUGGGAAUGAAGUGAAUUGUGUGGGCAGGGACAAGCUUGGUCUGAGUUGAUGUGAAUGUCUUUGAGCUUGGGGUGUUGGACACCCAGUGCCUGCAGCAGGGCUGGGUGGCUCUGGCCAAGUAGUGCUGGGAUGGCACCCCGGCUGAGCUGAGUCUGGGCUGCUUUGGGGGGGGGGGGGGUGGGGGGGGUGCUGGUCCUCGUGCACCAGCAGGUGCCCGGAAGGUUGGUGGGAGAGUCUGUGCUGUGAGCAGAGAUCAGGCUGGUCCCUUCCAGCCUGCAGAGGGGGGGGCCACCGGGCCUGCGCUGCUGUUGGAGAGGGGUGCGGCACGGCAGGUGAGCCCCUGCAACAGAAACUUGUACUUGCCGCGGUGUUUCCCUUCCCUCGUUGUGUGGCUGAGGAGAAGCAGAUCUGGUGCUGACAAUGCUGUCUGGUCCGUUUUUCAUUUUUUAGCAGCUCUGGAGCUUGCAGUGUUAAUUGUGGUGCAUGUCCCAUGCUGCAGACCUGGGUACGGAACCUUCUGGGCACAGCACUGCCAGCCUGGCUGGCACACAGACACUUGGCACGAGCCACGGGUGGAUUUUUUUUUUUGGGGGGGUGGGGUUUUUUUGUGGUUUUUUGUUUGUUUGUUUGUUUGUUUUUUUUCCUUUUUGACCACAGCUAUUGGAGAACACCCACCUCAGCCUGGCACUGUGAAGUAAGUUUUUUUCCUUGAGGAUGCAGUAUGGUCAAAGCCACUAAUAAAAGCAGUUGGAAGAGCA